AUGGCCAUCAUCAAUCCAGUGAAAGCUAUUUUGAGUGUUGGGCAAGCCUUCCAAACAUUUGAUUCAGAAGAUGGUGGUAAAAUCAGCACAUUCCUUCCCAAAGUUGUUUACAUUCUUCUUCAAUGUGUUGCUCUUGGAAUGUCGAUGGUCAAGUUAUACUUCAUGGGGUUGUUGCCGAAUGAAUCCGAUUGGGCUCACACCACUCCUCUCCAUCCAACCGAAUUUGUAGUACCGCUCAAUAAUUAA